AUGUCCGUGUGGAAACGCUUCAUGAAGAGCAAGGGCCUCGAUGCAUCGCCCGCCAUGUUCAAUCGAGGGGUCAUGGACGUGUACAAGCUCUUCAGGCUCGUGAUCGCUCACGGCGGAUUCCAAAAGGUCAGCGAGGGCAAGCUGUGGGCGCGCAUUGGGCGAGCCUUCAACCCUCCACAGUCGAUGACAGACCUGAGCUACCAAACCAAGAAGGUCUACAUCAGCAAGUUGUCUGCCUUUGAGGAGGCUUACCAUGCUGGGGAGCUGCCAUCCCAUAAACGGAAACUGGGGGAAUCGUACAUGACUGGGUACUCCGAGGUCCCGGCCGCCAGGCAGGAACUCAUCGGCCGCACCAUCAGCGUGCUGUGGCACGCUGAGGGGAGCCACCACGUGGGAACCGUGGCGCAGUACCACCCAGACCUGGAUCAGUACACGGUGGUGUACCAUGGCGGGGAGGUGCACCAGACGGACCUCAAGGCGGUGGAGUGGGUCCUGGUGGACGGCCAGACCGCUGCCACGUCGCAUCCACAGGUGUACGCAAGCAGCUCGGGCCUGCCCGGCUUCGAGAUCUUCACCUCGCUGCCCGGGAUCCGGCUGGAGGAGGUGAGCGUUCGCUGCUGGCCAGACGGUAAGCUGGUGAUCCAGGGCAAGCCCUCCACGCCGGGCGUCCAGGACAUCCGCGAGGACCUGCAGCUCCCCCUGCUGGCCGGCCAGCGCCUGCUGGCCCACUCCGCGCAGGCCCUUUUCACCGACACCGGGCGGCUGUACGUCAAGGUGGUGCUGGCCCCGCCCAAGACCCCCGGCGGGGAGGCGUCCCCGCUGCCGUCGGGCACGCCCGCGCAGCAGGUGCCGGCGCCCAGGGCGCCGCUGGGCCAGGCGUACUGA